CGGUUGUUUAUUAAAACCUCUCGUAGCUGCAGUGUUUUUUAGGUUUUAAACACGUUUGAAUCGAGCUAAGUGUUAGGAGUUAACAGCUAAUUCAAAGCGUUAUCCGCUGGAUAUUCAUUUUGCUAUGGAGGGUCUCCCCAGGUAUUGGGAAGCAGAUGACCGGGCUGCUCUUCUGUUCUAAGACCAUGAAUGAUCAGCCAUGGACCAGAUCACUUUUCAUCAUGAUACUGUGCUGUCAGAUGUUCACAUGCUCCUGCCCAAUGCACGCCAUCUUAUGAUACGCCUUAACUGUGUUGGACAGCCUGUCUUCAUCUCCAAAUUCAAGAUCUUGUCAGAUGGUGAAAGGCAAGACAACAAUGACCCAGGGAAAGGUUUAAAAGAAGCGGAGGAAUAUGAUGACCCAAGGGAAGACGGGGAAAAAGACACAAAAGACUCACAGGGAAAUGAUGGACAGGAAGAUGUGGAAGGAAAUGUGGAACCAUUCUUGGAUGAGGACGGAGACCUUGACAUCACACAUCGGCCAAAGAAAAACCCUACGGAAGGUAGUGGCCGAGACUUGGUCUGUCCCAUCAUUCUCAAACGUUCCAACCCUGUACUGGAACAACAAGAGGAGAAUACGGAUGAUGAAGUUAAGUGCUUCAAAGACAUUAUAAGGAUUGAGCACACUAUGGCCACACCCCUGGAAGACGUCGGCAAACAGCCACUGCAGAUGGACACACAAACCCACCAAUUACAUAUGGUGUGGCGAGGGGCAUUCCUCAUGGCUGACUUCAUCCUCUCUAUGCCGGCCAUGUUCAGAGGAGGUACAGUCCUAGAGCUGGGAGCGGGAACAGGCUUAACCAGCAUCAUCAUGGCAACCAUAGCCAAAACAGUGUACUGCACAGAUGUGGGAGAAGACCUUCUAAGCAUGUGCAAGAGAAAUGUAACAUUAAAUAGACACAUGAUGGAGCCUGCAGGUGGUGAAGUGAGAGUGAGACAGUUGGAUUGGCUCCAGCAUGACCUUUGUACAGAUGCUGAUGUGAAAUUUAGCUGGACAGAGGAGGAAGUAGCAGAUAUGUAUAACAACACUAGCUUCAUCAUUGCUGCUGAUGUUUGCUAUGAUGAUGAUCUGACAGAUGGCUUUUUCCGAACACUGUACCGACUCUGCAGUAACUUCUCUCACACCUGCACGAUCUUCAUCUCCAUAGAGAAAAGGAUGAACUUCUCCCUGCGAGACAUGGAUGUUUCCUGUGAGGCCUAUGACCAUUUCAGCCACUGUCUGUCCCAACUCCAGCACCUGGCGGAUGGACGAUACAGCUUCAGAGUGGAACAGCUCCCUUCUAACUUUGCACAGUUUCUUCUCUAUGAACGUAUAGAGCAACUGGAGCUGUGGAAGGUCACCGCCACUCCACUUCCAUGUGACCAAGCCCGGUCUGAUUCUGAGCUGUUUUCAUCUGUUGACCUGGACUCACAUCCGAGCAGUAUGAACGCUGGACUCUCCUAAGAAUAUAGCAUGCAAAGCUCCAGUUAACAGUUGAAGGUUUGAAUUGUAAAAUAUAAAAAUUCAAGGCAAAAUCACCUGUUCCCACAUAAAUAAAAUGAUAUAAUUUAGUAUAUUCAAGAAGGCAAUUUGACAAAUAGAGUUAAUAAUGGAGUUUUAAAAAAAAUGGGUCAUUGAUUCAUUGCUUGAAUGUAACAAUUUAUUUUUAAACUUAAUUCAUGCAUUCUUACAUGACCAGUAGAAUGAAGCCAUUUUGAGGUAAUGGAAGUUCUCUACCUUUGUUAAUGGAAAGUCAACUGUAGCUGCAUGUCUCCCUAGAUGUUUGUACAAUAUGUCUGAUUAAAAACAAGGUUGAAUAAAAUGUUACCAUAUACUGGGUA